GCCCUGCAGGCACUCCAGAGACAGCCCAAUGCAGCCCAGUACUUUCAUCAGUUUAUGCUCCAACAGCAGCUUAACAGUGCCCAGCUUCACAGCCUGGCUGCUGUCCAGCAGGCUACAAUUGCAGCCAGUAGACAGGCCAGCUCCCCCAACACCAGCACCCCGCAACAGACCACCACCACCCAGGCCUCUAUUAACCUAGCCACCACAUCAGCUGCUCAGCUGAUCAGUCGGUCACAGAGUGUGAGUUCCCCCAGCGCCACAACCCUGACACAGUCUGUGCUCCUUGGGAAUACCACCUCACCACCUCUCAACCAGUCACAGGCCCAGAUGUACCUCCGGCCACAGCUGGGGAACCUGUUGCAGGUAAACCGGACCUUGGGCCGCAAUGUACCUCUUGCCUCCCAACUCAUCCUGAUGCCCAACGGGGCUGUGGCCGCUGUCCAGCAGGAGGUACCACCCACUCAGUCUCCUGGGGUCCAUGCAGACACAGACCAGGUGCAGAACUUGGCUGUGAGGGGGCAGCAGACCUCGGCUGCUAAUGCCCAGCUCCAAGGCUCUGCUCAGAAGGCAGCUCUGCCAGGAAGCUCCCAGGCUUCUGGCUUACCGCAGGCCACCAGUACGGGCCAGACCUUGGCCGUGGCUCAAACCUCCUCCGGCAGCCAGUCCCUCAACUUGAGCCAGGGGGCACCAGGCAGCAAUGGUGUCUCCGGGGGUGUGAUGGCAAGUGGUGGGAGCCAGACCUCCACGGGAUUGAGCCAGACCUCCUCGGCAGGUGCCGCAGGCAGUUGCCAAAGGAAAGGCACUGGGGUGGUUCAGCCGUUGCCAGUGGCAGCUGCCCAGGCUGUGACUGUCAGCCAGGGAAGCCAGACGGAGACAGAGAAUGCAGCUACAAAGAAGGGCGAAACGGACAGCAGUGGACAGCAAACGGUGGGCAUGAACCUGACCAGGACUGCUACACCAGCACCCAGCCAGACAUUGAUCAGCUCAGCCACAUAUACCCAGAUCCAGCCACACUCGCUGAUCCAGCAGCAGCAGCAGAUCCACCUGCAGAAGCAGGUAGUGAUCCAGCAGCAGAUCGCCAUUCAUCACCAGCAGCAGUUCCAGCACCGUCAGUCCCAGCUUCUCCACACAGCCACCCAUCUCCAGCUGGCCCAACAGCAGCAACAGCAGCAAGCACCAUCUCUGGCCCAACAGCAGCAACAACAAGCUCAACCUCCGCAGCAGCAGGCUCCACCUCAGAACCAGCAGCAGGCUCAGACCCUUGUGGUACAACCUAUGUUGCAGUCCCAGCCACAGCCUGUGCAGCUCCAGCAGGACAGUCCUUGCCAGCCAGCCACCAAGUCGCCUGUUCCCAUUCAGUCAAAAUCUCUGGUCACCCCCAUCAAACCACCUCAGCUUGGGCCUGCCAAAAUGUCAGCAGCGCAGCAGCCUCCACCACACAUCCCAGUGCAGGUGGUGGGUACUCGGCAGCAGGGCUCGGGCCAAGCCCAAGCACUGGGUUUGGCUCAGAUUGCUGCAGCAGUGCCAACAUCCCGGGGAAUGCCAGCUGUGGUCCAGCCUGUUUCCCAAGCCCAUGCUGCUUCUCCGUCGUCAUCUUCAGCUCCAGCAUCCUCACAGGAAGCUCCUCCUCUUACCACAGGGGUGAAUUUGGCACAAGUUCAAGGCACAGCCCACAUGGUGAAGAGCCCAGCCUCCUCUCCAGUUGUGGCUCAGAUGCCAGCAGCAUUCUACAUGCAGUCUGUCCAGUUGCCAGGCAAGUCUCAGAACUUAGCGGUAAAGCGCAAGGCAGAGUCAGAGGAGGAGAAGGAGGAGUCACCCAGUGUCACUGCACUCCUGCCUGCCAGGUCCUCUCCUGUGACAGACAGCCCCAAAAGCAUGGAGGAGAAGAGUGGCCUUGGAGAUAAAUCGGAUCCUGCUGCCACUGCAACCCCAAAUACCACCUCAAGUGAAGGAACAUCAGUCACCCCCACCUCUGCUUCCACCCCUAACCUGGCAAUGGUGUCACGUCAGAUGGGAGACUCCAAACCCCCACAAGCCAUUGUCAAGCCCCAGAUCCUCACACACAUCAUUGAAGGCUUUGUCAUCCAGGAAGGAGCAGAGCCCUUUCCGGUGGGUUGUUCUCAGCUGCUGAAAGAAUCUGAGAAACCAAUGCAAGGAGAGGCUCCUUCUGGCCAGAGUGAAAACCUGUCCAGCAAUUCUCCAGGAGGCGACAGUGCUUCUGUGGAGCUUGAUAAGAAGGCAAACUUGCUGAAGUGUGAAUACUGUGGGAAGUAUGCCCCAGCAACCCAGUUCCGUGGCUCCAAGAGGUUUUGUUCCAUGACCUGUGCUAAAAGGUACAAUGUCAGCUGCAGCCAUCAGUUUCGGCUGCAGAGAAAGAAGAUGAAGGAAUUCCAGGAAGCUAACUAUGCUCGUGUGCGCCGACGGGGGCCGCGGCGCAGCAGCUCUGAAAUUGCUCGAACAAAGAUCCAGGGCAAGCGCCACAGGGGCCAGGAAGACUCAAGUCGAGGCUCCGAUAACUCCAGCUAUGAUGAAGCUUUGUCCCCUACAUCUCCAGGACCCCUGUCAGUGAGGGCCAGUCAUGGAGAGAGGGACCUGGCAAACUCUAGUAUGACUCCACCUACACCAGAUCUACAUGGCAUCAACCCAGUCUUCCUGUCCAGCAACCCCAGUUGUUGGAGUGUGGAGGAAGUGUAUGAGUUCAUUGCAUCACUGCAAGGAUGCCAGGAGAUUGCUGAGGAGUUUCGGUCACAGGAAAUUGAUGGCCAGGCCCUGUUGCUUCUAAAGGAGGAGCACCUCAUGAGUGCCAUGAACAUCAAGCUGGGACCAGCUCUCAAGAUCUGUGCCAAGAUCAAUGUCCUCAAGGAGACCUAACAGCUCUGAAGCCAGAGGUCUCACUUUUGCUCUGACCCGAGGGCAGCUGCCAGCUUUGGAGCAUCCUGUUGGGGCGGGACAGUCCUCAGUGGUCUUGCAUUCAAGAAGAAAGAGAAGGAAUUUAACUGAUUGAAACUGCUAUGCACAAGCCUGUGUCUUGG